AUGAGCGGACUGCCAAUGGACGUUCUGCGAUGUGUGGUUGACCAUCUGCAUCCGCUUGAGGAUUCGGACACCUUGCUCAGCCUUAUGAGGGUCUCAAGCACGAUGUGGGAGUGUGCGGCUCGGAAGCUCUUCGCAGAUUUAUCGCUCACGGAGAGCCAAGCCGUCAUGCUGUUUGGCGCUGGAUCUGAUAGGGAGACGCCAAUUGACCUGUGCAGGCGACCCCACCCGCUGAGUGGGAGAGUUCGCAAAGCCCUUUCUUUCACACGUCGAUUGACCAUCAAGGGUCCUUGGGCUCAGACUGUGCUGGACAUGAUGUGGGAAGCAACAAUUGCAGGGCACACCUUGUUUCCGAACGUCCAACAAGUUCUGUUCGGCAUCGCUAGUUCGGCAAGUUUCGAUCUGCCUGGUCGCAGUCGCAGAAAGCGGGAGCCUGGUGUCUAUAUCUUCGACACUGUUGACGCCUGUGUGUUAGGCGACGUCAAUGUCAACAAUCUAUUCGAGCUUCCAGCACAGAGAUACCGAUCGAUCACUUGUCAUGAAGCAGACGUCGGUGACAUGUUGGCGUAUAAUUUGGGAGAUGAGGAUUACUUCCGCUGUGAUCUGUGGCAAUACUUCCAGUCCGACACACAGCAGGCAUUAGAUUACGCUGCUGCUUCAAUCGAACUCAAAGCUGGGAGGAAUUAUCCAGCACGUUGGACUCCCAGACUACCCCUGCACCCGGUACAGCUUUAUCUCAAGGAUGGAACGAAACUCGGGGAGAGAUUGGUGAAGUGGUACAAUGAUGAGCAGUGCACCUGGAUCAAGCCCUUUGCGGAUAUCUCCAACAUCUUGCAAAUUCAUCACUUUCCCCGCAGUGGGGCUGGUGCGCCUCCGUGCGCCGCUUGCGGUAAGACUUGGAGGGCUGGCGAGCUUCGGAAGUUCGGCAUCUUCAUACCCUCCAUAAACAGGGCCUUCUGGAAGAGAACGCUAGGCGGCUGGUCUUCGAGCGACACCUCAUCCGACGAGUCCGACGGUGAGGAUAUAUCGGCCUCCCCGGACGGUGACGGGAGUGACUAA